AUGGAUGAAGAGUAUGAUGUCAUCGUUCUCGGUACCGGUCUUACCGAGUGUAUCCUCUCGGGUCUUCUCUCGGUAGACGGCCAGAAGGUCCUCCACAUGGACCGAAAUGACUACUACGGAGGCGAUAGUGCGAGUCUGAACCUCACUCAGCUCUACCAGAAGUUCCGUCAGUCCGAACCGCCCGCAGCACUCAACCUCGGCCGAGACCGCGACUACGCCGUCGACCUCAUCCCGAAGUUCAUCCUGUCAUCCGGCGAGCUCACCCGCAUGCUCGUCCAUACCGACGUCAUUCGAUACCUCGAGUUCAAGGUCAUCGCUGGGUCGUAUGUCUACCGCGAUGGACGCGUCAGUAAGGUGCCGAGUAACCAGAGCGAGGCGGUAAUGAGUCCGUUGAUGGGGAUGUUUGAGAAGCGGCGGGCGAGGAACUUUUUCGUUUUCCUUCAGGGAUGGAAAGAAGAGGAUCCCGCUACUCACCAGGGUAUGGACAUCAACAAGAUCCCAAUGAAGGAUGUGUAUGCCAAGUUUGGCUUGGAAGCUGGGACGCAGGACUUUGUCGGCCACGCCAUGGCACUUUGGCUUGACGACGACUACAAGACCCGUCCCGCCCGCGAGACCAUCGACCGGAUCAUCCUUUACACCCGCUCCAUGGCGCGGUACGGCAAAUCCCCUUACAUCUACCCCCUUUACGGACUGGGUGAACUCCCACAGGCAUUCGCCCGACUUUCUGCCAUCUACGGCGGUACCUACAUGCUCGACAAGAAGAUUGACGAUAUCGUUGUCGACGCGGACGGCAAGUUUGUCGGUGUGACAUCCGGCGGCGAGACGGUCAAGGCCAAGCGAGUCAUUGGGGACCCGUCCUACUUUGGGGCAGGGAAGGAUGUUGGAGAGGGCGGCAAGAUGCGCGUGGUUGAGACGGGCAAGGUGGUCAGGGCGAUCUGCAUCUUGAAGCACCCGAUUCCAGGGACGGACGAUGCGGACAGUUGUCAGAUCAUCAUUCCCCAGAACCAGGUUGGCAGGAAGAACGACAUCUACAUUGCCGCCGUGUCCGCCUCGCACAACGUCGCCGCCAAGGACGUAUGGAUCGCCAUGGUCUCCACCAUCGUCGAGACCAGCGUUCCCGAGCGCGAGAUUCUUCCCGGUCUCCAGCUGCUCGGCAAUGUCGUCGACAAAUUCAUCUCCCUCACGCCCCUCUACGAGCCCACCGCCCCCGGCACUGCCGACAACAUCUUCAUCACCAAGUCGUACGAUGCGACAUCGCACUUUGAGACGGUCGUGGAGGAUGUGUUUGACGUGUGGCAGCGGGUCAAGGGGGAGCCGCUGGUUUUGAAGAAGCGAGAGGUUGAGGUGGAGGCUUGA